AAAAGCAGGAAAGUCGGAUCGGGUUUAUUUUAUUUUUUUUUCCUUUUAUUUUAAUUUAAAAAAAAAAGAAGAAUUUGUAAAAUUAAUUGUUCAAUUAUAAAAAGUAAAAAAUGUGCAUUCAAUAGAGAAUAAUAUUUUAGCGAGCAUAAAAUUUUUAAUUUUAAUUUUAGUUUUAUUUUGCUUGAAGUGAGUUGAAAUAAAAAGUACCGAGUCUGUUUCAUAAAUUUUUUUUUUGAUAUGCAAUUUAUAAGUAUUUAAAUAUCAUUUGGAAAAAUGAAGUAAAAUGAGAAUGGAAAAGAAAAAGAUUUGUUGAAGGGAAACCAUUUGCGAGAAUAAAAGGAAAAAAUAAUUAAUUUUUACUGUCAUUUUAUUAAGAAAAAUUUAAUUUUGUGUGUUUUUUUUUAUCUAUUAUGUAUUCUAUAAUCAAUUGAAAUUGUUUAAAUUAAAAAAAAAAUUAGUUUUUUUUCGCGAAACGACCCUGUGUUAUAUUUGGUUAUGCUGCCCACGAAUAAGAUUUUUUUUCUAAUUCCAAAAGAAGAAAAGAAAUAAAAAUAUUAAAUUCAAGAAGUGGCUCUGACUAUUAUAAUUAUAAUUCUAUAUUAAAUUUUCUUGGUUAAAAAUAAUAUUUAAAACACUAAACUAAAAUUCGUAAAAUUAGAAUAAAAAGUAAAAAAAAAAAUAUAAAAAAACAAGAAUUUAUGAAUGUUUUUAAUAAGCCGGAAUAAUUUUCAUUUCACUUGGAUAUUACCAAAUAAAAUUCAUGAAAAUAAAUACGUAACGUACACAAUUGGAGUAAAAAAAAGAAAAAGUUUUCGCAACAACUAAACAGCAACAGCAGCAGAAGAAUUGACUUCAGUGAAGUUGGCUACCGUUUAUUUAUUAAAAUUUAAAAGAAAAAAAAAAUAAAUUAGCAUUUAAUAUUAAAUUAUUUAAGAGUAAAGAAAAAUUUAAUUAAAAAAGAAAAAGAGAAAAAAAACUAAGAACAGAAACAUCCGUUAAGAUGUCAAGUGAAGAGGAUAAACCGCCAGCGCCUCCUGUACGAUUGACAAGUAAUCGGGGUGGUUGUGAUCGUGUCGGAGAUGGAGGACCACCAGUUGAUAUGAGACCUCUUCCGAAAGAACCAGAUGAUCCGGACCGUAAAAAGAAAACAUUAAAAAAUAAAAUAAAAGGUUCAAAACCAUCACAUAAUGAUUCUAAACCAAAUAUAUCAUAUCCAACAAAUUUCGAGCAUACAGUACAUGUCGGUUUUGAUGCUGUAACAGGUGAAUUUACGGGUAUGCCAGAAGCAUGGGCUAGGUUGCUUAUGAAUUCAAAUAUUAGUAAACAGGAACAAAAGAAAAAUCCUCAAGCUGUAUUAGAUGUACUAAAAUGGUUUGACAAUAGUAAACAGAGGCCUAAUUCAAAAUAUAUGACAAAUGCUACAACGCAUUCUGCUGGAUCAUCAUUAAGUCGUGUUAGUAGCAGUAGUCCAAGUAGUACACCAACUGAUUCUGAAUCACAUGUGGCCCCUGCAACCUUAAAUAAUAUAAUUGGUGGUGUGGGUGCAUUACAAAUUGGUAUAACAAAUCAGCAUCAUCAAUCGCAUUUGCAUCAUUUACAUGUACAUCAGCAACUUCAAAAUCAGCAACAACAAUUGCAACAACAGCAGCAACUCUUACAACAACAACAAAAUCAACACCAACAUUUAAAUAAUCAAAUACAUUCACCGCAUAAUUAUGUGCCACAUUCUCAAUCACAAUCUACUCAAUCCUCACAACAUAGCUCAACAAAUGAAGAUGAUUUUUCAUUAAGUGGAGGUGGUGGCAUACAGCCUAUACCACCUCCUAUCGCUAGUCGGCCUGAACGAACAAAAUCGAUAUAUACAAGGCCUAUUGAAGAUCAAUUACCUCCACCACCACCGCCACCAUCGUCAAUCAUUAUAUCAUCAACUAAUACAUCUCCUAUUAUAACUAAUAAUCAAAUGGCUCAACCUCAGAUUCAUCAUCAAUUGAAUAAUCAUCAACAGCAGCAGUCUAUUUUGCCAAUGAUCCCUCAACAUGCUAUAACGAAUCAACAACAGCUUCAACAACAACAGCAGCAACAACAGCAACAGAUACAGCAUCAGCAACAGACGACAAUAAAGAGUCCAACACUUGACAAGAAUAAAAAUAACGCAAGUAAUAAUCAAAAUUCUUCUACUUCUACUACUCCUACUACUACUAGUACUACUACUAAUAGUGAUACUACCAUAAUAAAAGAAUUAGUUACUAGUACUACGACUGCAGCGACAACUGCAUUCAGUGAUACUAAUUUAAUUAAUAUAACUAACAAUUUACUAACCAAUAAUAAAAAUACUAAUUCAAUAAUUAAUAAUUCUGAAAUUGAUAUAAUAACUAAUUUAUCUAAUAAUUCUUCCAUAUCUUCAUCGGAUAUUACUUCGACGACAACUACAACAACAACCACAACUAUCAUUAUAAUCCCGACGUCAACCUUUAACACGAUACCAUCAACAAUUAAUAAUGAAAUUAUUACAAAUACCCCUGUUGCGUCAUCACCUUCAUCAUUUGUCUCGACGAAUUCUGAUAUGCUUCCACAAACUGUUUCAAUUUACUCGGUAAUCGAUACACCUGUAACUAAUGCAUUGAAAACUACUGUAACAACACCUAUAAUGACUAAACCUUUAUCACAACAACAAACAAUUUCGCUCGUUGAACACACCUUGCCAACAACAAUACCAACAUUAACGACUACCACAACUUCAACAACAACCGAUAUCACCACAAUAGCAACAACACCACAAACAACACCAGCGACAACUACAAAUGAAACAACUACAACUACAACUACAUCGCGUACUGGUGUAGUGAAAAAGAAGAAAAUGACUGAUGAAGAAAUUUUAGAGAAAUUAAGGACGAUUGUUAGUGUCGGCGAUCCAAAUCGUAAAUAUACAAAGAUGGAAAAAAUUGGACAAGGUGCAUCUGGAACAGUUUAUACAGCAAUCGAGUCAUCCACUGGAAUGGAAGUUGCUAUCAAACAAAUGAAUUUAAGCCAACAGCCAAAGAAAGAAUUAAUUAUUAAUGAAAUAUUAGUUAUGAGAGAAAAUAAACAUCCAAAUGUUGUUAAUUAUUUGGAUAGUUAUUUAGUUACUGAAGAAUUAUGGGUUGUUAUGGAAUAUUUACCUGGUGGUUCAUUAACAGAUGUUGUUACAGAAACAUGUAUGGAUGAAGGCCAAAUAGCAGCGGUAUGCCGUGAAGUAUUACAAGCACUUGAAUUUUUACAUAGUAAUCAAGUGAUACAUCGAGAUAUUAAGAGUGACAAUAUAUUGUUGGGUUUAGAUGGUAGUGUUAAAUUAACAGAUUUUGGUUUUUGUGCACAAAUAUCACCAGAACAAUCAAAACGCACAACUAUGGUCGGUACACCAUAUUGGAUGGCACCAGAAGUUGUGACGAAAAAGCAAUACGGACCAAAGGUUGAUUUAUGGUCGUUAGGUAUUAUGGCUAUAGAAAUGGUGGAAGGAGAACCGCCUUAUUUAAAUGAAAAUCCAUUGAAAGCAUUGUACCUUAUAGCAACAAAUGGUAAACCAGAAAUAAAAGAAAAGGAAAAAUUAUCGCCAAUUUUUCAAGAUUUUCUAGAUCAAUGUUUAGAAGUAGAUGUUGAUCGAAGAGCAAGUGCUUUAGAAUUAUUAAAACAUCCUUUCUUAAAACUAGCGCGUCCAUUAGCUAGUCUGACACCAUUGAUAAUGGCUGCCAAAGAGGCAACAAAAGGCAAUUAAUAUAUAAAAAUACAUAAAUAUUUAUACAUAUAAUUUAAUAUACAUAAAUAUAUACAUAAAUAUUUACAUAUUCAUAUAAAUAUAACAGUUGUAAACGUAUUGCAUACAUAGUUAUAUAUUUGAAUAUAUAUACAAAUAUAUUUAUAUUAACUAAUAAAAUACAAAACAAAACACGUAAUAAAUGCAACAAAGUAUAUAUAUAUAUAUAUAUUUAAAAAAAAAACAAAUGAUUUAAUUAUGUAACUAAAAAGCAAAUAAAAGAGUUUAUAUAUAACAUAAAAAACAGCAAACAAAAACAAUAGAAUUUCUGGAAAGUUCUUAUGUUAUUUAAAAAAAAUAAUUAACAAUUAAUUUAAUUAAUUGCAAAAUUACAAUAAAAACACAAAUUUUGGUACGCUGCUAAAAUUCAGAAAAUAAAAAUAAAAUUGAAUAUGUUGAAGUAAUAUUAAAAAAAAAAUAAUAAUUUAGUAAUUCUGCAAAAAAAAAAUUAAUUAUAUUAUAAAUUAUAUAUUAUAAAUUAUAGUCGAUCAAAUUAGUUAUUAUCUCGUCGUAUUUGUAUAACAAAUUAAAAAAAAAGCAAAUAAAUAAAAAAUAAAAUAACAAAAAAAAAAACAAAAAAAAAAAAAACAUGAAACAGGAAAGAAAAGAACAUUUAUUAACAAUAUAAUAAUUUUUUUAUUUAAGUUUUUAAUUUUUAAUUAUUAUUAUUAAUUAUUAUAAUAUUAAUUAGAUAAACAAUUAUAAAACAUACUAUAUUUCCUUAUUAUAUGUAUAAAAGAUGCUCUGUUUUUAAUUUAAAUAAAUAAUAAACAAAAUACUAAA